UAGCAUCCCUGUCUGUAAAAUGAGGGUAGUGACUACUUCAUAGGGUAUGAGGCCAAUGGGACUUUCUGCCAAUAGAAACCAAUAAAGAGAAACUUCAGCUGUGAUGUUCGAACAUCCUCUGCUGCUGAAGGAACUGUUAACAGCUAAAGCCAAGUAAAUUUAGAAAAGGGGCAAAUCCAACGAGAACCCGAAGAUCCAAGCCAGUUUUCUGGAAGAAGCUUGGCGCGCAGAGGCUGCUGGUCCUGGGAGGAAGGACGUGAAUCCCGGCAGAUUCCUAGGAGGAGACGCACCGCUACACCCACAGAACCGGUGGGCAGAGAGGAGAGCCACCAGCCCCUAGCGUCGCUGUCCCUUCUCCACUCCGGCACCCGGAACCUUGCACGCCCGGAACCUCGGUGGCGGAACACGGGCGUCACGGACCUUGAAAGCGAUGGAGCAGGCGCGCGGGCCGGGGGCCGAGGCUGACGCCCCAGAGGAGGAGGAGGGGGAGGCGCGGGCGGCCAUGGCGGCCGUGGUGUCUGCUGCGGGUGGAGCGUGCCCCGCAGUCCUGCAGGUGGCCGGCCUCUACCGGGGUCUUUGUGCAGUGCGCAGCCGCGCCCUGGGGUUGGGGCUCGUGUCACCAGCGCAGCUGCGCGUGUUCCCGGUACGCCGGGGCUCCGGCCCGCCCUCUGGGGGAGCAGACGGCAGCGGGGUCAGCGAGUUGGAAGCUAACCCCUUCUACGACCGCUACCGGGACAAGAUCCAGCAGCUGCGCAGGUCCGACCCAGCUGCCUUUGAGUCCCGUCUGGAGAAACGCAGUGAGUUUCGGAAGCAACCAGUGGGACACUCCAAACAAAGUGAUUUUAUCAGAUGUGUGGAGCAGAAGACAGAUGCCUCAGGGAAACAGCCUGUGAGCAAAGGAUUCACUAAGGACAAGACUCUCAGUUCAAUCUUUAACAUUGAGAUGGUGAAAGACAAAACUGCAGAGGAAAUAAAACAGAUUUGGCAGCAGUAUUUUUCAGCAAAAGAUACGGUCUACGCAGUUAUUCCUAAAGAGAAGUUUGAUUUGAUCUGGAACCGGGCUCAGUCCUGCCCAACAUUCCUUUGUGCACUACCAAGAAGAGAUGGUUAUGAGUUCUUCGUUGGACAGUGGACGGGUACUGAACUCCACUUCACUGCUCUUAUAAAUAUUCAGACCCGAGGGGAUGCAGCAGCCAGCCAGCUGAUUUUAUAUCACUAUCCUGAACUUAAGGAAGAAAAGGGCAUAGUGCUGAUGACAGCUGAAAUGGAUUCCACAUUUCUGGAACAUUCACCAUUGGAUUUCCUUCUCUCCUUUUCCAUUCCCAGUUGUGUUGCUAGGGAGACCAUCAACUAAUGAUGCCCAUUGUGUUUCUCUAUGAGUCCGGGUACCAGAGACAGUUUUAUGUCUAUCUAAUGCUUGCUUGUUUCCAUUUCAUUUGUCUGACAGAGAUUGUUUAGAAUGCCUUCAGAAGACUGGGCAUUUCAAAGCCUCUUCCUCCAUUCCAACACCCACUUGUAUUUCUUCUUCAUCUUUACCAGAUAUAUAGCAAGAAAGGGAUGAUUUCAGCCAGCUACUGUCUCACAGUAACAGUAGACUCCAGACCUGGAGCACAGUGGGGUCUCUGUCUCCCUGACUGUUAUUCCUAAACUACUCAGUUUUAUUUCCCCCAUUUUUCCUUCCUCCUAAACUGUUUUUGUAUCACAGUCAGCUGGAAGUCACUGAUCCAGAAUCUUAUUUAUAAAUAUGUAUUUACCGUUAAUUGAGAUAAGACUGCAGAAAAAAAUAGUUUUGAGAAGACCUCAGUUUUAGACUGUUAAAUCUGAGAUGCCUAUUAGUUAUCUAUGUAGUGUGUACAGUUAGAUACCUGAGCCUGGUGUUUGGAAAAGUGACCCAGGUCUAGUAUGUGGGUUGUUUUUAAAACUGUGGAUUGAAUGAAAUACCAAGAAAAUAAAUGAGGAUGUAAAAGAGAAAAGAUAUAAGAACUAAGUCCUUGACAGAUGAAGAAAUAUCAGAAAAUUAAAAAAAAACAGUUGUAAUAUGAGUGAGAUUAAGAUGGUAGACCGCCUGGAAAUAAAGAUAAAGUGUUGUAAAAGCAAAAGGGAGUGUCUAGUUGGUCACUCUAACCUGCUUAUAGGGCAAAUGAAAUAAAAACUGAAAGUGUACUAGAUUUUAUAGACAUGAAACUAUUUGGUGACCUUUAUAAGAACAGUUUCAGGGGAAUGGUAUCACUAUAAAUAAACAUAAUUAAAUUUAAGAAUGAUGGGAAGAAAAAUUAGGAAGGAUAUACAUUAAUGCUUUCAGGGGAAAGAAAGAAUAGUGUUGGAUGGAGGAAAGAAGUGGGAACAAGAAUGUCUUUUAUUUUAAAUAUCGAAUAAAUAUAUGGAAAAUAUGGUAGGGAAAAAUAUUAGUCAUAUAGAAAAAGGAGUAAUAUUCUGGAUAGACAAGUCUGGAAAUGAGUGUUUAAUCUUUGCCUAGAGUAUAUUAACUAAGAGAAGUCAGGAUAUGAGGGCGUGGAUGUGGAAGGUUAGAUGAAUGGUUAGUGGCAGCUUGUGGAAGUUCUUGCCAGAUUAUUAUAUAUAUAGAGAGAGAGAAAGAAAGAAAGGCCUUCAGCUUAGAGUAAACAUGUAAGAACAGAGUUAGAUAUUUGAGUCAAAAAGAGAUAGUAUGCCGGCCAUGGUGAUACAAACCUUUAAUCCCAGCACUUAGGAGGCAGAGGCAGGUGGAUCUGAAUAUCAAGAUCCAGGACAACCAAGAACUACAUAAAGAAUCCCUGUCUCAAGUCAAAAAGAAAAGGGAAGUUUUAUUUACAUAUUACUUAAGAUUGCUUUAGUUCUGCAACAGAGUUGAGUAGUUUGAACUUAUGGCCCCCAGAGCCUAAAAUGUUUACUGUUUACAGAAAGUGUUUAUAAACCACAGUCUAGGGAAUGGAAAAGAGAAUUUGUGUAAAUACAUACACGGAGAGGAUGUCAGAUUUGACUGGCUCAGCCAUGUGGUGUAAUGAUGUAAUUGAGGGGCAAAGAAGCUUAGAAUGAAUACAAAAAGAAGCUUGCUUACACUUGUUGACCGGAGAGUAAGGCUGGAUAAGGGAGAAGUGAGAAGACAGAUACACUAAGAACUGUGGACUUCAGCUGCAGGCUGUUAAGAGUUUGCAGUGAACUAGGAAGGUAAAAAAUAAUAGACAAAGUGCAAGUGUUUCAGACUGAGAUUUGGGGAAGAUAUCGUUAUUUAUGGCAAAGAAACAGAAAUAGGACUUACAGACUGUUCUAUAUUUUUUGGUCUUCAGCAAAACAUGGUGUCUGACCAUGUUUCAGUGAAUUCUAGAGGUCAGAGGAAAGAAACUUUUUCUUGGUUCUGUUUCUAUCACUUCGCUCUGGUAGGUUCAAACUGGUGCAAUUUUAGCAUCAUUAAGGUUUUGGAGGAUGGGAUUUUUGUUUUUUAGCCUUUUUUUCUGGAUUUAUAACAUUUGACAACAUAUCAGACAAUAUUCAUUUACCUUGUACAAACCACAUUGACUGUGAGAUCCCUCUGCACUUGGCUCAGCAGAUAAAGCACCCAUCACCAACCCUAAUGACCUGAGUUCAGUCUCCCAGGACCCACAUGGUCGAAGAAAAGAACUAACUCUUGGAACUUGUUCCUGACCUUCAAUGGAUAAACCAUGGCAUACCUGCUAAUAUAUACACAUAAUAAAAUGCAAUUUUCAAAGAUUUA